AUGAAUAUAUCUGGAAUAGUUGAUUGGAUUCUUUUACAUCCAAUCCAAUACCCAGGCAGACAUAAUCACUAGUAAUAAAGGACGUUGUCAAUUUACAGAGAUCUUACUACAAAGGAUUAAUUUCUAUUGGUUAUUAACUCAUUGAAAGAAUUGCUAUAGGAUUGUUACAGCAAAGGCAAUUCUCUGCACAUUCACAACUUUGGGACAUUUAGUUUUGAAUUCAUAGGCCCGACUUCACAAGCUAUUCCCAUUAAGCAAUCAACACAAUUAAAAUAAUUACCGAAAUUAUAUCAAAACAUUAGGCCUUGUUUUAUAGUUGACCCAUACUUACAGAAAUAACUAUCUCGUUAUUCAUAAAAGGAUGAAAUUAACAAGAGUAGAGGAGUUGGAAGCAUAUACAACCAAGGACAUGCAACAUAAUUUUGUAAUCCAUAAACACUCUCGAAUAUGUGUUAUGUUGAUAAAUUAACAAUCGAAUCGAUUCUCAAAACAUUUACACAAGCUAUUAAUGAUUUAAUAAGGAUGGGACAUGAUGUGAAUCUGGAUUUUGGAUUAAGCAUUAUAAAUGUUAAGAAUAAAAAUUUGUAAUACAUGUUUGAUGAAAAAUUCGUAAAUUUUAUGAACCAACCUGAUUUCACGGAUAAUUUUUUAAAGUCUAAGCCUAUUACUUGUAACUUCUGGAAGAAUGAAAAAUCGAUUCAAGAUAAGAAUCUAAACGAGAUCUAUUUUGCCCCUUGUUCCCCAUAUAGUUUAGUGACUAAUCAAAAAACUAAGAAUUUGAUGAAUAUAAAAGACAUGACAUCUGUGUAAAAAUGA